AUGCAGCUGAAUCUAACGGAAUGCAUACAGAUAUCAGCAAAAGAGGCAUUAAACAACCCGCAUUUUUCAUCGAACUAUAAGGAGGAGGCAAAUGCAAUCAUUGGUUAUAACCUUUGCAAUGAUAAACAAUACCCAGUUUCAAUUGAUUUAGUUGAACACAUAUCAAAAAUU